CCGAAAGCUGAAUCGACUGUUGUCACUUGUCAGUGUUAGAAUUACAUAACCGGUGCCACCUCAUCUCCGAUUCACAAUCUUAACUCAUUUUCCAAACUUGCUCUCUCUCUCUCUCUCUUUUCUUUCAGAUAAAGAAAAUAAACACACAUUUAUUGCAUUCCAUUUAGCUUCGAAUCUGCAGAUAAAACGCUGCGUUUUGGCUCUGCUCUGAACUCUUGAGGACUCUUUUUAACUCUCUUUUAUUGCUUCACUCGUACAGUACACAUAAAUAGAAACAGAACGGAAAUUAUCAGUUUGCUUUUUCUUUGAAGAGGGUACAUGGCUACGCUUAAGGACAUAGAAAUGGCAGCAGCUAUCAACUUCCUCACUGCGUUUGCUUUUUUUGUGGCGUUUGCCUUUCUGCGGCUUCAACCUAUCAAUGAUAGGGUUUACUUUCCUAAAUGGUAUCUGAAGGGUUUAAGGAGCAGUCCAUCAAGGUCUGGUGCAGUGGUAGGGAGGUUUGUCAAUUUGGACUUCAGGGCAUAUCUCAGGUUUUUGAAAUGGAUGCCUGCUGCAUUGCAAAUGCCAGAGCCUGAGCUAAUUGACCAUGCAGGGUUGGAUUCUGCUGCUUACUUGAGGAUCUACUUUGUAGGAUUAAAAAUUUUUGUUCCUAUUACAUUCCUGGCUUUUGCUAUCAUCGUACCUGUCAAUUGGACCAAUGGCACCUUGGAGCACUCAAAUUUAACUUAUAGUGACAUUGAUAAGCUUUCUAUUUCAAAUAUUCCACUUGGAUCUCUUAGAUUUUGGACCCAUUUGGUAAUGGCUUAUGUUUUUACCUUCUGGACAUGCUAUGUUUUGAAAAAAGAGUACGAGAUAGUUGCAUCGAUGAGGUUGCAUUUUCUUGCAUCAGAAAAACGGCGUCCCGAUCAGUUUACAGUACUUGUAAGAAAUGUGCCACCAGAUCCUGAUGAGUCAGUUAAUGAGCUUGUGGAACACUUUUUUCUUGUCAACCAUCCUGAACACUAUUUCACCCACCAGGUCGUUUACAAUGCAAACAAACUUUCUGAUUUGGUCAAGGAGAAGAAGAAAAUACAGAACAGGCUUGACUACUAUCAACUUAAAUAUUCUAGAAAUCAAUCUAAAAGGCCUUUUUCAAAGACUGGUUUUCUAGGCCUAUGUGGAGAUAAGGUGGAUGCAAUUGAUUUUUAUGCAUCUAAGAUUGAAAAACUUUCAGAAGAGAUAGCCUCGGAGAAAGAGAAGAUAAUGAACAAUCCUAAACAUAUCAUGCCAGCGGCAUUUGUUUCCUUCAAAACUCGAUGGGGUGCAGCUGUUUGUGCACAAACUCAACAGUCCAGGAAUCCGACUAUAUGGUUAACUGAGUGGGCACCGGAGCCACGUGAUGUAUUUUGGGAUAACUUGGCGAUUCCAUAUGUUUCACUCACAAUUAGGAGGCUUAUUAUUGCUGUUGCUUUCUUUUUCCUUACCUUCUUUUUCAUGAUUCCCAUUGCGUUUGUACAAACGCUUGCAAACAUUGAGGGUAUUGAAAAAGCAUUGCCUUUCCUAAAGCCCAUAAUUGAAUUGAAAGGAAUAAAGUCAUUUAUCCAAGGAUUCCUUCCAGGGAUUGCUUUGAAGAUUUUUCUCAUUUUUCUACCCACAAUAUUGAUGAUAAUGUCAAAAUUUGAAGGAUUUAUUAGCAUAUCUUUUCUAGAAAGGAGAUCGGCAACUAGAUAUUACAUUUUCCAAUUUAUUAAUGUCUUUCUUGGGAGCAUAAUUACUGGAACUGCAUUUCAACAACUAAAUAAUUUCAUUCACCAGUCCGCAAAUGAUAUCCCAAAGACAAUUGGUGUGUCCAUUCCAAUGAAGGCAACUUUCUUCAUAACUUACAUAAUGGUUGAUGGGUGGGCUGGAGUUGCUGGAGAAAUUCUAAGGCUGAAGCCAUUGGUAAUUUAUCACAUCAGAAAUUUUUUCCUUGUGAAGACUGAAAAGGAUAGGGAAGAGGCAAUGGAUCCUGGAACUCUUGGUUUCAACACAGGCGAACCUCAAAUACAACUUUAUUUCUUACUUGGCCUUGUUUACGCUGUGGUGACUCCUGUCUUGCUUCCAUUCAUCAUAGUAUUCUUUGGAUUGGCAUAUGUUGUAUACCGUCAUCAGAUUAUAAAUGUCUACAAUCAGGAGUACGAGAGUGCUGCUGCAUUCUGGCCUGAUGUCCAUGGGCGCAUAAUUGCUGCCCUAGUUGUCUCACAGUUGCUACUGAUGGGAUUAUUAAGUACAAAAGAAGCUGCUCAGUCAACUCCACUGCUCAUUGCACUCCCAGUGUUAACCAUAUGGUUUCAUAUCUUCUGCAAAGGCCGUUAUGAACCUGCUUUUGUUAAAUAUCCAUUACAGGAAGCAAUGAUGAAAGAUACCUUGGAACGUGCAAAGGAGCCAAACCUGAACUUGAAAGGGUUUCUUGAAAAUGCCUACAUUCACCCAGUUUUUGUGGAAGAAGAUGAUAGUGAGAGUCAUGCAGCCACAGAAGAAGAAGAUAAAGAACCUAAGCUCAUCCCAACAAAGCGACAAUCUCGAAGGAAUACACCUUUGGCCAGCAAACAUAGUGGUUCGUUAUCAUCCUUGCUGCCUGAAGCUACUGAGGAGCAUUGACAGGACAGGCUUUAUAAUGUGACUUGGACUCUUCCUUCACUAACCAAUAUAAAUGUUUGUGGCUAUAAAAGGAGGUGGUUAAGUGGGCAAUUAUACACGACAGUAGGCAAAUUUAGUUCAGUUUCUAGCAAAACAAAAUAAGUAAAAAAAAAAAAAAGAUUAAAUGGGGGGGUGUAUACAUAACUUAGUGUUGCAAGACAUCAAAUAAUUAAAAAGACAUAUUUAGAAUGAAUUAUAUUUGAAAUUCUUUUGCGGUGA